AUGGCACCAAGCCACCUCCUCCGGGCUAUCAUGCCCUUCAGCGCCGCAAUGGCACCGUCGGCGACCCUGGCCCGGUCAAAGAUUCCCUCAUCCGCAGCAUUAAUUCACUCCGUCAUCCGCUCCGCCUCAACGAAAACCAAGAUCCCCAAAAACAAGCAGCCCUCACAACCACCACCCAAUACGUACACACCAGCAGCACUACAGCCGCCCUCGCGCCUUCGCACCUACGCCUACAGUUCCAAGACCGGCACUGUUAUCUCCGUCGGCCGCAUGGACCGCACCGUCCGCGUCAGCCACCGCCACACGACUUUCGACACAACCGUGCAAAAGGUGUACCCGAAGGAAACGGAGUACCUGGUCUCGGACCCGCGCAACUCGCUGCGCGAGGGCGACGUGAUCGAGUUCUCGUCCGGCGCGCCCAAGACCCGCCACGUUCGCCACGUCGUCGAGCGCAUUAUCAACCCCUUCGGCUCGGCGAUCGAGGACCGUCCGCCCGUGAUGUCGCGCAAGGAACGUGAGCAGGAGCGCGAGCGCAAAUGGGCGGAGAAGUAUGUCCGUCGCGAAUCAAGGCGUCUGGGUCAGCCUAUUGAUCUUGCUGCUGAGGCGAGGGCGCGUCUGCCGAAGCAUGACCAGAGCAAGAUGAAGAAUGCUUCCCUGGCGAGCUUGGUUCAUCGUAUUCAUCGCAACAAUGAGCGUGCUGGGAAGGUUAAGACGUUGGUUCUGAGCCGGACUGGGGGUAACUAA